UGUGUUGUCGCAAGAGAUUUUGAUAGCCAGGUGAGCUCGCGGUUUUUUUUCUAUAAUUUAAUGGUAGCGAGCGUAAUUGUCGUCGGAGGUAUAUUAAAUCAGUGAAUGAAAGUGAUAUUUUCGUACAAAUAUAAGCGUUAAACAAAUGAUUGCGACGCCCACACAACCGCUUGAAUACAUCAAUGGCAGCUUGAAAAAUGCAUGGCUAACUAUCUAAGAAAAUUGAAGCAAAACAAUGUACAAUGAACUACAGUGGGAACAUGCCAGAUUGGCAUCAAUAUAAUUCUCCACAAUCAGCUGGGUCCGAAAUAUCAUCCAUUGGGCAGAAUGUAAACCACAGUCCGAUUUUUGGACCUGCAAAUAGUCCUAGACGAAUAAAUGGACCAAAUUUCAGUCCUGAGGGGUUGAAUAAACCCCAAAAUGACACAAGUUUCAUCCCCAGAAAUUUCCAACAAUCACCCAAUACUCUAAAUGGACCCAAUUCUGUUCCUGACAAUUCUCCCAUUGGAUCUGUGGUCCAGAUUCCAGGAUGCCAUGGACAUUACGGAGCACCUAGCCCCAGAAAUACGAUGAUCGAAGGUACCAACGCUCCUUUGGAUUCUAGAAAUGUUCCUGUUGGCUCAUUGAAUGAUACAAUGGGACAGCGAAGUCAGCAAUUGUCUAUGCAUGGACCUACUGCACAUUUGAACUGCCCAACCGUGAAUGGAUCAAUGGGACCAAUGGGCCAAAGGAGUACAGCCACCAAUCUGCAAGGCCCCAUUCCUGCAAGUACUAGACAAGGACCAGGAUCUUACAUAGCAUGUAAAGGUCCAUGCUGUAAUCCGGAUACAAAUCUCAGCUACCAAAAUUGGGACAAGUUUUCCCCUUAUCCACCAAAUGUACCAUAUCGUGAGAACGCUGGAUAUCCAGUUGAUAAUCGGAGAUUUGGUAAUGAUUUUAAUGUGAGAAAAGAUGGUUUUGAAAAUCGAGAACAGUUGAACUCUAGCACGUAUAAUGUAGAUUCUAGAAGAAAUUUUCCUGAUUAUAAAUAUAGAAAAGAUCCUAUAGUUUCAAGAGGAUAUGCUCAUCCUCCAAGUGUUAUACAAAACUACCCACUUCAAAAUUACAAUUUUCCAACAGAUUAUCAAAAAUAUUCUACUUAUCCUGUGAAAGAAUAUCCCAGAGAUAAUUCAAUUGCCAAUCCUCAGAAUCCAGCGAUACUGAAGUAUCAGGAACAGAGCGUUAUUGUACAACAAAAAUAUUUCACCAAACAGAUACAAUAUCAAAACGGAGCUAUACCAAAAACCAUCGUUCCUACAAAUAUGGCAGGUAAUAUCAUAUCGAGAGCACAAAAUCCAUAUUUCAAUCCACAAUUGGCUAGGGAUUUUCCCAGAGAUUAUUCAGAUAGUAGUCCGUUAUCAAACAGAAGUAUUCAGACUGCGAGUCCGGUACAUGCUGCUUAUCCAAAAUAUCAAAUGUAUCAACAAAAGAUUGCUAUGCAAAGAUUCUCCAUGGAAAAUCAUCUGAGAGAGCUCACUAGAAUUCCUGGCUAUCAGACACAUCCAAAAUAUCAAGAAUGCGUUCUGAGGUACAGAGAGUUGCUGAGGCUGCAACAAACUGUCGAUUAUCAAAGUACCAUUCAAGAUACACCCAGAGUUGUUAGUUCACAAGUCAACGAAGAAAUACCACCAAUUAAUCUCCAAUUUGACCAAAACGGCGUUCUAAUAAACUCAAGUUUCGCUGCUACCGCGUUUUCCAGCCAGUUAAGUCCGAUUGAUCUACAAAAUUCGAAACCUGUACAGAAUGUAACUAAUUCUGGAGAAGUAAAAGCGCAAAAUCUACAACAUCCCCAACAAUUUGAAAGUGAAGCGAACUUAGAUGCAUCCUUGCAAGAUCAAAGACCAUCUUCAAUCUCCCAGUCUGCCUUAUUGCAUCAACAAUAUUCCAACGGAAAAGAAUUUGAACAAGAUAGGUAUAAUAUCCAAAAAUAUGAGAGUGAAUCGCUGAAUGUGGCGAGUGCUGAAGAUGGAAAAACCUUGUCUUUGCAUCACAGAAACUCUAAGGAUUUUGCCGACAAACCCGAACUUGACGUACGACAAUUUCUGGCCAAUUGGGAUGAAUCGGAAGAUGAAGAUGGCGCAAAUGCAAACUUGCCAGACGUUGUUUUAAGCAAUUCAACUCCUGUUCUCGUUGUUGAAUACGAAAAUACAAAAAAUAUUCCGGAUAUCCCUGGAGAAUCUGAAAAUUGCUCAGAGCCUCAAGACUGUCAGGAUACAGACGAUUGCGAGAUGCUUGAGAAUGCUCAAAGUGAGACCAAAUCUUCUGAUCCCGGAGAAGACCAAAUAUACAAAUGUGAUUCGGCAACUAGUAGCGGAAACAGCAAACCAGUAGAAAUUAUUGUUUCCGAUUUCAAUUCUAGAAAGAAUAUGACCAGAACUGGAACUGUAAUACAAUCUACGGAUACUGGCACUGUAUGUGAAAAUGAAAAGACAUCACAUAUUAUGGAACAUUUAGAAGUUAGUCGUGAUAUAAUCAGUAGUGUGAAACCUCUGUGUGAUGAAAAAGGAUCUUCAAAUGUCAAUGAAGAUCAGGAAGGACCUGGUGCUAGCAAAAUCGAUAUCAAUACAACGGUUGAAUCAACAAUUGAAAACGAAUCGACAAUGUCAGAGGCUUAUAAACAUGAGAAUAAUUCCGCUAUGUGCUCAAGUAAUGCAGGAACUGUUGGAAGUGAUGAUACAGACGUGUCCAGCUGUGAAGCAGAAACUUCUGAACAUACAAAAGGGUGUUUUAGGAGCGACGAUGAUCUAUCCGAAUCAGAUCGCAGCGAUAGCAUAGAUAUUCACUCGAUGUCAAAUUUUAUAAAAUCACCAAAAACGAUAAAAGGUACAGAAAUAGAUGUUGAUGCUCAAGAAUUAUCUACGAUACCGAGUUCACCUAAGACUAACUCCGAUAUUUUAGACAGUCCCAAUUUACAGAAGCCGAGCAGUUUUGUGAGCGAAGAAUCACAUAAUCCAGAUGAUAUCAGUUUACCCGACCUCCCAACAUCUGAAUGUACACCAAUUUCGACUACUUUAAAUACGCCGAUCCAUUCCGAUAGCGAAGAAUCAUCGGAGCCAGUUAUUGACUUAACGAUACCAGCUAAUCCAAUAGAAAUAAUUCAGAAUAGCCCAAUGUUGAGUUUCACUCAUUCUCCAAUAAAAAUGGAACCGUAUGAACAUUUAGACGAAAAUGAGAUAACGGAUAAGAGGUCACAUGAUGCAUUGGAUUUUGAUUUUCAGGGUAGCAGUAGUUGUGACAAUGAUAUUGAAAAACUGACGGACGUAAGUAGUCACACAACCGAGCAUUGUAAUAUUCCACAACACCACGAAGACACUUUCGAUUCUGAUUGUAUUGAAAUAUUACCUGAAAGAGAACAUCACAUAAGUAGUGAACGUAAUAUAGGUGAAACAAAGAUAAAUAACGUCGUCUCAAAUAAUGUUUCUCAAUGCCAUGACUCUGCCGAUCAAAAUCGAUUCACCUCUGACCAAGGAAAUGUUAUGGCGACUCAUCAAGCGAACACCUCCACAGCGGUAAUAGAUGCGGAGCAUAAACCUUGGUCAUCAAUUACUGUCAAGGAACAAGCCUGUCAGAUAUCCAAUAAUAUCAAUCAUCAGGAGACAAAAACGGACACGGAUAAUUUAGAAACGCUAUCAGAAAUGAAAGACAGAUUGUCUGAUACAUCAGAAGUUGCGAAACACCAUUCGAAUGACGAUAUGACGAAAAUAUCAAAUGCCGACAAUCAUCAUAGCACAGGUGGAUGGGCAAUUAAAUGUUUGACGGAAACCAGCAAUUCUCAAUCACCUGAUAACACAACUGCGUUGAACUUGGUCAAAGUGGAGAGUAAUAUUAAAUCAGAAUCAACAGAAAUAAUUGAUGGAAUUAGGAAUUCGCAAGCUGCGUCCAAGGAAAGCCAACGUAAUUUCUCAUAUCAAAACGAUUGUAAUAUAUCAAAUGAAAAGUCAGGAGAAAACCAGAAAAAUUUCGUCAACACAGAACGCUCAGAGUUAUAUGCGUCGUCUUCUCCUGCAGAAGAUGAAAUAUAUGCAAAAAGUGCAGAAAACGAAGGAAAUUUCGGCGGUUCAUUGAAUAUUCCGUUAAUUCCAGGUGAAGAAUUUGAGGAACCUAAAAUGCCUGUGUUACCAAUGGAAGGAAAUUGUUUGACAAAGAUAAUAAAAAAUACAUCACCCAUUACUGAUCUGGAUGUUUUAGGAUCGGAUGACGAAAAAUUGGAUAAAAUGGAUGAGAUUUGGAUGGAAGUUGGUUCAGUCGAUACGGUUAGUAAAGUAACGGAUGUGAAUAUGGACAGCUAUACUGUAGAUUGCGACGAAAAGUCCGACCGAGAAAAGAAUUUAUAUUCAAAGAACAAGCUGCUCAAAUUGCACAAAAAUAAAUGGAAGCACAUCAAAAGUUCGGCGAAGGAAAAAGAUACUCUGAAAUCAUUGAAAAAAGCUGGGAAAGAAAGUAAGCAAAAAUAUAUUACGAGUAUCAACCCACAAGAAAGGCAGCUGAAUCAGUCUUCUAAUUCGGACAUAGCGCAAAAAGAUACGGUGCUCAUGGAUAAAGAAUGUGCAAUAAUCGGUAGAAUAGAUAAAUUCGCGGGUAUAUUAGAAAACGAGCAUAAUAAUACCAAAACACCAAUCACUUCUCAAAGUGCAAUAAUCAACAGAAUAGAUAGAAUGGCAGCAAUAUUAACGGAAAAGCAUAAUAUUAGCAAAGUACCGAUCGUUUUACAACAGACGGGUAACACUUCUUUUAGCGAAGACGGUUACCCGAGCCGCAAUGUAUCUCUGGAAAAUAAUGCUACAGAAAUAAUUAAAUGUCAGGAGAAAACGAAUCAUAUAAACGAUAUCGCUACAAAGUUACUAAAUAAUGCUCGACUUUUCGAACCGGAGCUAGGAAGGACGGAAGAACUGGAAAAGUCGUUGAGUUGCGCGGAGACCGGCAGAGAUAGCAGUAAAAAACGUAUAAAGCUCCUUAAAGAAUUUCGAAAAGUUAAAAAGACAACGGUAAGCGAAAGCCCUACGUUUCAGUCAACGAAAUCUAUCGAUAAACCAGAAAGCAGUUCAAUAACCUUCGAUGAAGAAACAGCAAAAACGGAUGGUGAAAUUGUACAAAAACUGAACGCUAAUAUGAGGAUACCCAGUGCAGUCAAUUCCGAUAGCUUUGGGAUGAAUUUGUCACGAUUGAUCGAUUGUCAGGUAAUAGAAAAAACGCAUACAGAUGAAGAAGAAAUUAUACCAUUUGCCGUAUCUAGCCAACUUGCAGAACCAAAAGAGAAAGAGAGCACAAUAUUGUGCGAGAGUAAGAAAAUGGAGGAAAUUAGCGAAUUAUCAAAAGAUACUUGUGUCUUCAAUAAUGAAAAUUGCAUUACAAUUGAACAUAACAACAAUUCUGAUAGUCAUAAAAACUUAAGUGAAAAGAUUGUGGACCUUUUUGACGAAGAAAGUAAUGAAUGUGCAAUAAAUUUAUCAAAAUCAUCAAAUGAUUUAGUUUUACUUCAAACUUCAAACGAAAAAGGUCACGUUUCACACGAUAGGUAUAGCUCUCAGGUAUCAGAAUAUAAUAAAACUGAAGAGUUAACAGAGAUUCAAAUCAAUAAUAAUGAAGAAUCAGUUAACACAAAACCACAAGAUGAACAGCAUAGUUUUCCGCAGUCUGCGCUCAUAAAACAGAAUAUAUUAUGCUCUCAUUCGGUAAGAGAGGAUGAUAAAUCAUUGAAGGUCAAUCAAAUUGAAGUUGAAAAAGCUACUGAAGUUGAUCAUGAAAGUAAUUUCACCUUGUCGAGCAUUGAUUUGAAAGAACAUACUGCACAGAAUAAACAAUCAACAAUAAUUGCAGACUACGAAGAAUCUGGAAAAGUUCCAAACGAACCAUCUGGAAACUCUGAUGAUUUAUCCAGAGUCUCUGUUGAAAGCGGAAAACUUGUGAAUGAUAUCUGCAGGGACCACACCAACUCUGCCCAGAAUUUUGAAACUAGGGCCAGUGAAGUAAAUCUGUGUGAAUCCAAGGAAAGUAGUCAGCAAGGCGCGGAUAUUUACGUAGCUGAUGAUGAAAAGAAGCAUCAGCAAAAUGUUGAUGCGAUUUCAGGAUCGAAGUUAUCAGGUAAUCCAGAUUUAGCGCUAAGCGAUGCGCUCAAUAUAUCGGUAGAAAGCGAAAGAGAUUCGGUCAAAAUCGAAGAUAGAACUGAUGAUAUACAAACCAAUGCAGUAGCAUCAGACAUACACACUAAUAUUCCUAACAAUUCCUUGGAGAAUGUGAAUGAUAUUUCAGCACAAAAACUUAUGUGGCCUAUCGAAAACGAUAUUGAGUCAAGGCCGCCACUUCAAGAGACAACAAAUAUUGAUAAAACACCAGAUGCGAAACACUUGCUCGACCAUGAGACAAUAGUUGUCAGUGACUGUUCUAUAAACCCCUCCAAAUAUCUACAGAAUAGAGAGUCAAUAUCAAAUAUUGCCGAAGAAAAUUUCCAAAUAACCGAUGAAAUUCAGAAAAAAAGUGCAAUAUUUUCGAGAUUGAAAGAACCACUUGUAAAAGUGCAAUCUGAAGAGCCAGCAACAACUGAAUGCUCGAAAAAUGCCAAUCUAGAUGACAUAGACCUACCUUCAGGUACUGACAGAAGUACAGCUGAUACGAAUCUUGAUGCCUUCGGAAUAGAAAAUUCUUUCGACUGCGAUUUUAAUAAUUUUGAUGUAGCACCAAACAUCAUUGAAAAUAUGCAUAGCUCUCGAAGUAAUAAUUGGAAAUACUCUAAGGCGUAUGCUCGUUACAAAGAUUGUGAACGUUACAAAAAUCCUGACAAUUUGUCAAACCCAAUUUUACCAAGUCUGGAGAGUCUGGAUAAUUUGAAUACAGUUCCUGUCUAUACGACUAAGGAUGGCAAAAUCACGUAUAGUCCCAAUCCAAAAUAUACAUACAGAGCAUUGAUUGUGGAGGCGAGAGAAAGGGAAGGAUAUGCAGGUAUACGCGAAUCGUACUAUGGGAAUCUCAGGACGCAAGAAUCCUUGAGUCACUUGAAAAAUCAACCCACUGUACGCAAAAGAAAAAAUAGCGGUGGAUAUACCUACCCUGGAGGUCACGGGAAAAAAAGUUAUUCGGAACAUCACGAACCGAGGGACCAUGGAGAAUCCUCAACGAAGAACUCAACUGACCUGUGGGAUAGAAGCCGUGUCAACCAUAAUAAAUACUACCAUCAAUCGAGGGAUCGAAGUUCUCAUCAAUUUUUAUCUCGGAAUGGUGCACAACAAAAAUUUGUCAAUAGAUACAAACAUAGAGAAGGUUCUACUGUUUUCGACGAACGUGGUAGAAGAAAAAAUGGUGCUACAGACACUUUUGAACGUAGUAAUAGGAAACUCUACAAACAAUUAUGUGAAUCAUCAAUAUCUGAAUCUACAUCAUCUAAAAGUAGGAGAGGCUUGCAAUAUGAUCAGAAUACCCUCCAAAAUGUUUCGUCAAGAGGACAUAUUAUAUCAAGUCAUGAGACUGAGAAGAAAAAUUUGGAAAACAUAAUUAGUAUCGAAAAAUGCGCUACCGAUUCAAGUAAUGACAAUCAAUCUAAAUUUUUUUCACAAUUAGACGAGCUCGCCCUUCUUAAGACAGCAACAGAUCAGAUUUUUUCGAAUGAAAAUCCGAUAGAAAAAAAAGCUCUACCCGCAACAACUGGGGAAUGGAAAUCUCAAUCUCCAAAAGUAGAAAACGACCGUUUGGAUAGUACAAAUUUUAAGGAAAUUUCAAACAACAAGGUGAGUGAGAUACUCAAUUUGAAAUUAGACUUAUUUUCUUCAGAGUGGGAAACGACAACCUGUAACGGUCUGUCUGAUCAGCCAAAAAAGUCUCCUAAAAUAGUAACACCAAUUGAGCCUCUGUUGAAAGAAGUCGAAGAGGAUCACAAUACGGAAAAAGCAUCGGACGAGUUGUACGACGCAAUUAAGAGCGUCUGGAAAACUGAAAUAUCGAAAAUAAAUAAAAGUAAAUUAGGUGGCUCAAGUCUUUUAAAUUUCAUCAAAUCUCCAUUCGAUGAUCGGCACGAUGAUCCUAAGCACGAUUUACAAGAUCUGAAUAUGGAAACGACCGGAUCACCAACUAAUAAUCCCAAAAACAGAGACACGACUUGUGCGAUACCAGUUGAACCUUUACGGACUGACAAAGUUCGAGAUAGUAAGGUAGAACCAGAUUGUACGGAAAUGAUAAAUGAAAGUGAAUCAUUAGAAAAUUCAAACAUAGAAGGAGAAGAUACCUACGAAAAAAAUAAGCCUGAAGAGCCUCAUCAUGCUGAUCCUGGGGCCGAAUCAAAAUUGAUGGAAACAUCUACUUUCAAAAUGAUAGAAACGGACCUCAAAGUUGUCAAAAAAGAAGAAAUUAAUGUAGAUAAAAAAAUUGGAUCGGACAUUUCCAUUGAGACUGACCUAAAACAAAUUGGUAUAAAAGAUUCAAAAUUAAAUGUUGAACCAGGGAUUGUUGAACCAAUCCCAGAGACAGGAGAAUUGUGCGAUGCGGAUAAAGGGGUUGUUGAACCAAUCCCUGAGACAGGAGAAUUGUGCGAUGCGGAUAAAGGGGUUGUUGAAUCAAUCCCUGAAAUAGGAGAAUUGUGCGAUGCGGAUAAAGGGGUUGUUGAACCAAUCCCUGAGACAGGAGAAUUGUGCGAUGAGGAUAAAGGGGUUGUUGAACCAAUCCCUGAGACAGGAGAAUUGUGCGAUGAGGAUAAAGGGGUUGUUGAACCAAUCCCUGAGACAGGAGAAUUGUGCAAUGCGGAUAAAAGGGUUGUUGAACCAUUCCCUGAGACAGGAGAAUUAUCCAAUUCGGAUAAAGGGGUUGUUGAACCAAUCCCUGAGAUAGGAGAACUAUGCAAUGCGGAUAAAGGGGUUGUUGAACCAAUCCCUGGGAUAGGAGAAUUAUGCAAUGCGGAUAACAUACAAGAAUCCAUAAAGAGGGACAAAAGAGAAGCAAGAACCAAAUCCAAUAAAAUAAAAUCAGAAACUAGAAGUGGUACAUCAACAAAAGGUUCACGAACAGAAAACGAUGAAAGUCUAUCUUCGACAUCAAUCACCGAACAUGAAAAUCCAUCAAAAAAUCAGUCUCACUUUAAUAACUAUAUUGCGUUCUCCCCGUUGAAUGAAAGUUUGGAAGAUACCAAGGUGAUUCCAAAACUUGUGAUCAAGAAAACGGACAGUUUGACUUGUAAAAAUGUGUGUUCAUCAUCAAUCAUGUCUCACGAUUCAUUUACAGAAAAAAUAUCAGAUAAAGAUGAACAGGUUUCUAGAGCCCCUGUGAUGCAGCCUAAGAUACCAAAAAUCUUGAUAAGAAAUGCAAAAUCACGUCCUAGUACACCGUCAAUCGAAGAAGUAUCAGAAAAAGGGAUUUUUUCGGUAAGUACGAGAGAAGACAAUAAAGUUCCUAAAGUGAAAAUUCGAUUUGAGGAUAAAAGACCUAAAAGUCCGGCGAUAUCUUCGAACGAAAAUCUAUCAAAUAUCGAUGUCACGGAGUUAACAAAAAUACCUAAAAUGAAAAUCAAGAUUGACGAAAGACAACCAAAAAUGAUAAUCGAAAACGUUAACACAGAAUCGUCUGAAUCAUCAAAUAAGAAUCCCGCAAAAACUGUUCCAAAAAUGAAAAUUAAAACAAUCAAAGGUGCAUUAAGACGAAUCGUAGAUGCCCAAAUAUUACCUGUCUCGAUCCCUAGAAUAUUCAUUCAUGCAGAUUUAGAGUACAACAAACAAUCAAGUCCGGAGGUUAUUGAUAAAAUAGAAGUUAGUAAGUCCAAUGUAAACACAAAAUCCCCUAAUUUAAUUGUAUGCGAUCAAGAGACCAUGGUGACUAGUGAUAAAAAAAUUCCAAUACUGAAGAUAAAGAGGAAAAGCUCAGGUUGCUCUGUCGAAUCAACUAAAAAAAGACACACCGUUAAUCCUAUUCAAUCAGAACUGAAGAAAUCGAAAAAAUCUAUGAAACUUAUGUCAUCUAAUGAUAAAAAGCAAUCUAGCAAGUCAUCUGUAACCUCAGAACAUCAUGAAAACCUGAAGAAACGCGAGGUGGCUCAAGUCAAAGAAUCUUACAACCGAGCCAGUUCUGGAAACGCUGAAUAUUCAGGCACAGUACAGCCUGCUGAAUCUGCAAAAAAAGUUGAAGCCGAGAAAUCUACGGAAUUAACUAUUGCUGAAAGAGCGGAAGAAAUUCCAAAAGUUAUCAUCAAGAGAACAUCACCGAGUGCAGAAUUCAAAUGUGAAUUCAGCAAAGGUAAACGAGAAGCUCUGAUAAAAAACAAAAAAUGGCAGCCCGAGGUAAAACUUCAGCGUUCCUGGGUGUUGGAUUGCAUGGCUAAAGAUCUAAAUCUGGAUAAUUUAACGCUAAAAGUUGCAACUUCUGAGAGUAUCUUGAAAAAAUGUUUAUUAGAAAAAAGACCAGACCUUAAGAAUUCGUGGAAUAAAAUCAAUCACAUAAGUACCAAUCGGAAUAAUAAAGAAUUAUUCAGAUCAAAGUCUGCUUCAGAUUUGUUAUUUGCCCAUGAUAGUAUUGACACAUUUGCUGCAUCUGAAGUUGAUCCAACUAACUCUUCAACAGUAUUGAUUACCCGAAAAAGAUGUAAAAGUGAUUUGGGUACUUCAUUUAUCGAAUAUUCUAAAAAUCUCAGUAUGGAGAAGAAAUACGAAGUACCUGACGUGGUUAGUCCAAAGCGUGAACAGAACGACGAUUCAGAAAUUGAUUCUGCAAAGAGAUCCAAGUUACAGACUGAUGCUGAAACACUGAUAACUAAAGAAACAUUUCAAUCGACAGCCAGCAAAGGUAUGGACUUAAAUAGCAUUGUUGAUGAAAAUAUGAAUUCCAAAAAUGAAUGUUUGGACACAUCCCUCAUCAAUCUGCUCAUAAACCCGAUAGAUUCGAUUUCGAAUACUGUCGUUAAUGAUGUAAGAAGAGGUGGUUCUAAAGAAAGAAAUUGUGGUGAUUCAUGCUAUUUGCCACUCAGGCGACCAUCUUCGUUCAAAAUUCUAACAAAUUCUGACAUAACUGGAAAUAAUGAUACUGAUAUUUCCAAAGAACAUCCCGAUCCAAAGGAAAAAGACUCCAAUGAGGUUUCAAAUGAUGAUCUAUUGUACACAAAUAAAGCAGCUACAAAUGACGUUGAUGAAGAAAAUAGUGCUAAAACUGACCAGAUUAAAAUUGUCCAUCCUAAUAACGAUGUGCCUAAUAAAUCUGUAAUUUCUCGAGAAGUAAUCUCGGGCAGUGUAAACAUCAAUAUUUCAAAUAAUAAUUCUGAAAUCGGUUGUUCUAAAAAUUUAAAUGAAGGUUUCAUUCCGACACCUAUUUUGAAUAAUCAGGGUGGAAUCGCCACAUGUGAACAUGAUAUCAAAGACGCAUUAGAUAUCUUCAGAAAGAAGGAUGACAACCAGCAAACUUCUGAUGAAGAUACUUCACGUACAACUUCGAUUGAAGAAAUCAAGAAUUCCGCCCUUGGUCAAAAUGUACUUAACAGUUCUGAUAUGAGUAGUGCUAACGCGACUAAAUUGACGAAUUCGAAUAUGAAAAUUAUUUUACACAAACAACGAGAUGAUGUGAACUCUGCAGCGCUUAUGAAACCUUGUGAAGAAACUCAAACGAUAAUUGAUAUCUUGUCAGAUUCAUCAGCGUGCUGCCAAAACGAAGUGGAAGUUCAAUCAUCUGCUGAUGCGUAUGAGGAUGAUGAAGUGUGCCUGUAUCACGAAGAUGCUAUUCCAACGCAAUUCGAAUUGGAACUCGAGAUCACGGAUAAUGUAGCAACUCAUUCUGCAGAGGUAGCCAUACCUCAAGAUGAUUACUUGGUGGAAUAUGAAAUCUAUUCUGUUGAUGAAUUGAGGGAUGAUGGCCAUCCAUCAGGUAUCAUUUUGGGUAAUUCAGAAGACAAUAUGAUUCCUAUCAAUUCGAAAUGUCAAACUGUGCUGCCUAUGAUAACUGAAACUGAUACUUCGCAUCUUGAUUCAAUAAAUACAAACCAAGGAGAGCUCUCAAGUCAUCCGAAAGAAGAAUGUUCAAAUUCAUCUUUAGAUAUUGUAAAAAGACGGAAAAAUCGUAAUUUACGUGACAAAAAUGUUACGAAAUCCCAUGCAGCCGAUGAAAAGUCUUUUAGUUUUUCGGACUUAUUGGUCAAAGAAGUUCUAGCUGCGAAAGAGACGUUGAGAAAGUGCCUUGCAAAAAGUAGGAGUGAAACUAGAUUUAAAAUUAGAGCUAGACCAAAAACGGCGGCUGAGAAAAAGCAGGGAUCGAGCUUCGAUCUUACUACUCUAACAGCCUCUAAAGAAAGUUAUACAAAGAUUAUAGAUCACUCCCCGAUUAAUUCUACUGCUAGAGCCGAAAAUCACCAAAAUGUUGAUAAUGCGAACGAUAAUGAAAAUCCCUUUCAGAUUCAAACUAAGACUGAAGUUAAAGUUAAUACACCUAAAUCUGAGAGAAAACAUUCCAAAAGUAGCAAGAAUAGUUUAAUGCAGAAACAAUAUAACAGCUCGCCUACAGAUAUACAAGAAUAUAGGAACGUUAGACAAAUCGAAGAAUAUUUAUAUCCUAAUCAUAGUUCAAUAGAUAUUAAAGACAGCAUUGAUUUUUCUAAGGGUGAGAAAACGAUUUCGCUUAAAAAUUCUAAAUACUUGAUAAAAAAUAAUUCGUAUUCCGACUCACGAAAAAAAAUGCCUGAACUUAUCAAUUCCAAAGAUAAUAAAUGUAAAUCUAAGUCAUCUAGGCAUGACAUUAAUUCUACCAAUGUUGGAAAGUCAAAGAAUAUCGUUCCAAAUACCUUAGUACGAGAGUCUUGUGUGAAUUCUGGACAGUGUCAAGAAAUUUGCUCAUCUGAUACAGCUAAAUAUGAGUAUAAAUCAUCUAAAAAACCAAUGGACCAGAAUGUGAAUUCAUUACCUGAUAACACAAGAUUCAAAUUUUAUAAAAUACCGAGAAUUGCAAAACCCACCCAAUUUGAAAGUGAUAAAUCUAGUGAAGAACUUCAAGGAUUACACAAUAAAGAUGUUGGGAUGCCAAUCCUAGAGCCACAAGUUGACUUGAGUGGAAGUUCCAAAGCAUCAGAGUUAAAUAAUGUCUACCGGGAGACCUCUAGAUCUCCACCAGUAAUAACAAAUCAAGAAAUUGAAGAGAAUCAUGGGAUUGUAACCAGAGACUUGGCAAGUGAGCAAUGUCAGCUAUCCACAAAAGAAGAAGAAGAAAACAAAGCCUUAAUAAAACAAAGUACAAUAUCAUUUGCUAAAAUGGAACUGGAGGUUGCCCCAUCCUAUGGCAAAGAAAGUACUGUUGCUGAUAUUGUAAAUGACAUGGCAUACCAUGAAAAAGCAACGAUAAGGCAUAGACGAUACUGUACAUUAUGCGAAAGAUGGUUCCCCACUGUUGCAAGACACAGAAGACAUCUGACUGGAUAUCAACAUCGACACACGGAAUUAACACAGAGAAGAACGAUACAUGCAUUGUUCACUCUGUUUACUGGAAGACCGUGUCCCAGGUUACAAUCGCCUAACAUUGUAAGAGUCGACUGUGAACCAGGAGAACUAACACCACUGCAAAUAGCUAUACAGGGAGUCACAAAAGAGUUGAAUAAAGUCGAUGGUAAUAUGAAAAAGCCAACUAAAGAAGAUAAGUAAGUUAAAUAGUUUCAUUAACGGGCCAUUAGUAGAAGUUACAGACAUUAUGUGCGCUGUCAUUUUCCUGAAAUCCAAAUUUUGGCGUUAGAUGUACAAUUGAUUCGAAUUGAAUUCCUUAGAUCGUUAGUCAGUGUUACAUUCGUAGUUUAUUAGCCAAAGAUAUUAGCAAAGCAAACAUUUAUAUUUUAUUCGUGGCAACAUAGUCUUCAGAUGUAUAAAUAAUGUUAUAUUAAAAACAUCCUAGGUGGGUAUAAAAUUUUUGAUAGUGAAAUAAUAAUAUGAUAUAUUUAUCUCUUGUUCCAACUUAUUGUUAGUAUAGGCAAAAAAAAGUUUCAUGUGAGCCACGGAAACAUAUAUCUUUUCGUAUCACAAAGUUCGUGUAGCUGUACAUAUAUGCAUAAAUAUACAUACAUAUAUAAAUAUACAUAUAUAUAAACAUACCUAUAUACCACCGAAAUAAUUCAGUGCAAAAGUUCGUAGUCAUUACAAAAAAAAUAGUUUGAAGAUAAAUUUUAUGUAUAAACGCUCAAUUCUUCACGUCAAGAAAUUCAUUUUCAAUUUACCUAUCAUCUUUAGGCAUUAUAAUUAUAUUUACUUUUAUGGUGAUCAAUGGCCUAUGUUUGCUUGAUUUUGAGCCAAAAUGCCGAUAGGUUUAUAGUUGAAAUUGGAAAAAAAAGGUUUCUGAAUUGCAUGCGAUCUCAUCUUAAAUAUAUUAUUACAAUCAUUAAAUCUAAUACGGGAUAGAAGCUAAACAAUAUAAUAAGUAUAUCUAGGUUUGAUAUUUUGUAAAAAAAAAAAAUUAGUCCCUAGCUUUAGAUGCUAAAAUGAGUUAUAAAUUUAUGGUGUUGAGGUUUACAGGGUUUCGUUUUGUUUUUCAAUGUAUUCAUAUAUUAUAUAUUAUAUAUUUAUUUUAUUUUUGCUUAAGGCAAAGGCUUAAGAGCAAACAAAUAGAAUAGCAUAAAUGUAUAUUUCUAUGAAUUUCAGCGAGUCUUAACUUUUAUUUCGAAAGUUAGGUAUUUUGACACAAUAUGCGAAUAUUAUUAGGAGAAAUUGUUCCAAUCUUUAGAUGAUGGUAUAAAUUCAGCCUCAACAUUCAAGUUCAGUCAUCUUGUACCGUACAUUUGAUUAUAACUUAUUCCUCAACGUUUGUUAGAAAAAAUAAUGUAUAGUUGCAUAAUAAUUUUUUUAACUUCUAUCUACGACAUUCUAUUAAUUUCUACCGCUUGAUCCAGUCCAAAUAAAGGUCGCGUCCUUCGUUUUUCAACGGGGCAAAUUUUGGUGUACGGUUUGCACUUUAAUUCUAUGAAUGACGUCUUAAUUUACACUGUUUGACUCGCACGAGUGCCUUAAAUACACCUAACAGUAUUCGUCAUCAUAUUACAUAUGAUAUGUGUGUCUAUACACAUAUUGUGUUGUGUGUUCUAUGUGCCUAAAACUGAGAAAAAGUCAUAUAUUCAUUGAUGAAAUUAUACAUACACUAUUCGUAAAAUAAAAGUCAUGCAUUGAUUCGUAUAUUUCUUAACGAAUUAUCAUGUUUUUUACGUGUCCAACGAGUAUGAAAUAUUCGUACUAUUGCGUACAUCGGAAAGUUGAAUUAUUCGAUAACAUACUUAUAUAUAUGUAGAAUAUACACGUACAUAUUCCUAUAAAUGUAUAUUAUGAUAUUAUCAAACACUAUUAUAUUUUUAAGAAAAAUAUAUAUGAAUAUAAUAGUAUAAUCACAUACCUACUAAUAUUAUAUAUUCAGGCUUGUAUCGUAUGUGUACACCUAUAUUUACACACAUACUAUAUAGGCUAUAUGUAAUUAUUAUACACUGUAUUUUAUUAUCGUACACUUGUGUUAAUUGUUAGCAAGGAUAUGGGAUUGUUUACAGAUUUAGAGUAGAGUAUUUCGAAAAAUUUGGCGGUAAACUCUGGCAUAAAGCGCAGUAACCCCUCAAUCAUGAUUUUUUGUCAUGAUAACAUGACACUUAUUCUGGCGGCAUUGUUCACAUUCUAAGUGCCUACACGUAAAUAAAUGCCUGGGGUCAAUGUAUUGUCCUGAGCGUUUCAUCUCUCUUAGAAAACUUUUAGUGCAAACACUCUUCAACGUUUUACUCAGAUAUCUAUGUUCCGAUAUUCCAGAAAAUGGUGCCAGAAAUUUGAGAACUGUAGCUAUAAUAUCUCUGGAAGUAGAACGACAUGAUGCAAGCUCAUGAGAGAUUCAAUGUAUUACUUGACAAUAACAAAGCUUCUUUAAAUGAACAUAGCCAGCUGAUUGAAGAAUGCAUCAACUAAUUACUUGGUAACUGUUAAACACAACCUUUGCACCUGAUAUACUGCUGGCAGCUUUUGUUUGCAAAUUCUUUUGACUACACUUUGAAUUACUUAAUAUAAAGCUCUGAUCUGUAACGAAAUAGUUGUUAUGAAUACUUGUUAACUAGUGUGCAUGUUAUUUCACCUUAUUACCAGUUUGGUGUUGAAAAAGACAUGAUGAAAGAUAAAACCUGAAUUAUAAAACAUGAAUAUAUCAGAGCUAUGUUAACUGAUCCACCCUAAGUCACAUCAUGUUACCUUGUGCAUGUUAAGUUUUUGUUAUAUCGUACCGAAAACUGAUAUAUUCUAUUUAAUUAUUUACCUUUGUAUGCAAUUUUACAAGGUAACAGUUAUGAUUCUUGGACUGUUACUCCAUUCCUAUAUGAAUAAAAACUGUAUUGUUAUUCAUGAAAUAUUACGGAGACAGUUAGCUUCACGUUUUGUAAAAAGAAUUAUAAAUUUCAAAUUCUAGUUUCCUUUGCUUCACAAUCUUAUUGGAAGUGUUUUUUUUUUUUAUCAAAAAAGAAGUCAUAAAUUCCACAAUUAGAUAUAAGAGUAUCCUUAUUUAUAGGAUAACAUAUAUUUAAAAACUUUUCCUAUUCAGAUAUAGCUGUACCUGGGUACAAUCUAUAGUAUAAAUUAGUCUAUAGGUAGUUAAGUUCUGGUUACGUUUAAAUAUCAAUUGUAAAACUGUAUACUUGUUCAACAAACCAAAUGGAGACUUUUAACGUAUCAAGAAUUCCUGUGUAGAUGUAUCGAUUUUUCUGUAUCCAUCAAUUCAUAUACACUUCUGGAUGGAUAGAAGAAUCUUCUGAUCAAAAUCGUGUGUGUGAUAUAUCACAACUAUUGUUUUUGUUAACGUUGGCCUCUUGCACUGUUUUGGAAUAAAAAAGAAAGACCCAUACUAUAAAAA